GAGUCGGAGAGGAUGGCCGGGGCCGGCGGCCAGCACCACCCCCCGGGCGCCGCUGGAGGAGCGGCCGCCGGGGCCGGCGCCGUGGUCACUCCAGCCGCACCCUCCGCGGGGCCGGGAGAGGACUCGUCCGACAGCGAAGCGGAGCAAGAGGGACCCCAGAAACUGAUCCGCAAAGUGUCGACCUCGGGGCAGAUCCGGACCAAGACCAGUAUUAAAGAGGGACAACUGUUGAAGCAAACCAGUUCUUUCCAAAGGUGGAAAAAGCGAUACUUCAAACUUCGAGGCCGUACACUGUACUAUGCAAAGGACUCAAAGUCUCUGAUAUUUGAUGAAGUUGACCUCUCAGAUGCCAGUGUAGCUGAAGCAAGCACAAAAAAUGCUAACAACAGCUUCACGAUAAUCACUCCCUUCAGAAGGCUAAUGCUGUGUGCUGAGAACAGAAAAGAGAUGGAGGACUGGAUCAGCUCACUGAAGUCUGUACAGACCAGAGAACCUUACGAGGUGGCCCAGUUUAAUGUGGAACAUUUCUCAGGGAUGCAUAACUGGUACGCCUGCUCCCAUGCCCGGCCCACCUUCUGCAACGUGUGCAGAGAGAGUCUCUCUGGAGUCACCUCCCAUGGUCUGUCCUGUGAAGUAUGUAAAUUCAAGGCUCACAAAAGAUGUGCAGUGAGGGCAACGAAUAACUGCAAAUGGACCACCCUGGCCUCCAUUGGGAAGGACAUCAUAGAAGACGAAGAUGGGGUCGCUAUGCCUCACCAGUGGCUCGAGGGCAACUUGCCUGUGAGCGCCAAAUGUGCUGUCUGCGACAAAACGUGCGGCAGUGUUCUCCGUCUACAAGAUUGGAAAUGCCUUUGGUGUAAAACGAUGGUACACACUGCCUGCAAAGAUUUAUACCAUCCUAUAUGUCCACUUGGCCAAUGUAAAGUAUCUAUCAUACCUCCAAUUGCACUAAAUAGCACCGAUUCCGAUGGUUUCUGUAGAGCCACGUUUUCAUUCUGUGUUAGUCCUCUAUUGGUUUUUGUCAAUUCUAAGAGCGGAGAUAAUCAGGGAGUAAAGUUCCUGCGUCGUUUUAAACAGUUGCUAAAUCCGGCUCAGGUGUUUGAUUUGAUGAAUGGAGGCCCUCAUUUAGGCUUAAGAUUAUUUCAGAAGUUUGACAAUUUCCGGAUUCUUGUGUGUGGAGGAGAUGGAAGUGUAGGUUGGGUUUUGUCAGAAAUCGAUAAGCUCAACUUGAACAAACAGUGUCAGCUAGGAGUACUGCCUUUGGGUACAGGAAAUGACCUUGCUCGAGUUCUUGGCUGGGGAGGCUCAUAUGAUGACGACACCCAACUUCCUCAGAUACUCGAGAAGCUGGAACGGGCCAGCACUAAAAUGCUGGACAGGUGGAGUAUAAUGACGUACGAACUCAAAUUGCCACCAAAGGCUUCUCUACUUCCGGGACCUCCAGAAGCAUCUGAAGAACUUUAUAUGGCAAUUUAUGAAGACUCAGUUGCAACUCAUCUUACAAAAAUCCUCAAUUCUGAUGAACAUGCAGUGGUCAUAUCAUCUGCCAAGACGCUCUGUGAAACUGUAAAGGACUUUGUGGCCAAAGUCGAGAAGGCUUAUGACAAAACUUUGGAAAAUGCUGUUGUCGCAGACGCCGUGGCCAGUAAAUGUUCAGUCCUAAACGAGAAGCUUGAGCAACUGCUCCAGGCUCUACACACAGAUGCCCAGGCUGCUUCCGUCCUCCCGGGCCUCGGCCCUCUCAUUGUGGAGCAAUAUGCUGUGGAGUCUUCAAGUGAAGAGUCCUUGGGUGAAAGCAAGGAACACCUCACAGAUGAUGUUACAAAACCUGCCUGCCAGAAAGCCGUCAGACCAAGGGAAAUAAUGCUUCGGGCAAACAGUUUAAAGAAGGCGGUGAGGCAAGUCAUCGAAGAAGCUGGAAAAGCAACGGAUGAUCAGACAGUUCACCCCUGUGAGCCAGCUACUCACUCGUCCGAUUAUGAUAGCACUGAAACCGAUGAAUCUAAAGACGAUGAUAUAAAAGACUCAUCAACUGUUAAAACUGCUCCUAGGUCUCCAGAUUCCCGGGCAAGUCAUGGCCAUUCCCAGGCUGAUUCUGUCCCUGGUCCAGCUAUAGCAGCCAGCAAAGAAAAUCUCCCUGUGCUCAAUACCAGAAUAAUCUGCCCAGGUUUAAGAGCAGGACUAGCUGCCUCAAUUGCUGGGAGUUCUAUUAUCAAUAAAAUGUUACUAGCAAACAUUGAUCCUUUUGGUGCAACACCAUUUAUUGAUCCAGAGCCAGAUUCAGUAGAUGGAUAUUCAGAAAAAUGUGUCAUGAACAAUUACUUUGGGAUUGGAUUAGAUGCAAAAAUUUCAUUAGAAUUUAAUAAUAAGAGAGAGGAGCACCCUGAAAAAUGCAGAAGCCGAACCAAAAACUUGAUGUGGUAUGGCGUCCUCGGAACCCGGGAGUUAUUACAGAGGUCAUACAAGAAUUUAGAACAAAGGGUUCAACUGGAGUGUGAUGGGCAGUAUAUUCCCCUCCCCAGUCUGCAAGGCAUCGCAGUGUUGAACAUCCCCAGCUAUGCGGGAGGCACUAACUUCUGGGGUGGAACUAAAGAGGAUGAUAUAUUUGCUGCACCAUCAUUUGAUGACAAGAUCCUGGAAGUCGUUGCAAUAUUUGAUAGCAUGCAAAUGGCAGUUUCAAGGGUCAUUAAAUUGCAGCAUCAUCGAAUAGCCCAGUGCCGUACAGUAAAGAUCACUAUAUUUGGCGAUGAGGGAGUCCCAGUGCAGGUGGAUGGUGAAGCAUGGGUUCAGCCUCCAGGGAUUAUCAAGAUUGUGCACAAAAACAGAGCUCAGAUGCUAACAAGGGACAGAGCCUUUGAAAACACUCUGAAGUCUUGGGAAGAUAAACAGAAGUGUGACUCUGGUAAACCAGUUCUCCGAACCCAUUUGUACAUCCAUCCCAACGACUUGGCCACAGAAGAGGUGUCCCAGAUGCAGCUGUGCUCCCAGGCUGCAGAGGAGCUCAUUACCAGGAUUUGUGAUGGCAGCCACAAUUCACGUCUUUUGGAGCAAUGA